GUAGUCCCGGGCUGUGGAGGACGCUGUGCUCGCCGGAGGAGACGCGCCCGCCGCCGCCGCCGCCGCCGCCUCCCCGCGAUCGCGCGGCCGGAGCCUCGCCGACCAGAUUUACAAAAUGAGUUAUCCAGGGUAUCCACCUGCAAGCGGAUAUCCACCUGCCGGUGGGUAUCCACCUGCGAGUGCGUAUCCACCUGCUGCUCCAGGCAGUAGUCCCUGGGGUGCCCCCAGCUACCCCCCUGCAAACCCUCCUCCAAUUGGAUUAGAAAAUGUUGGCAACUAUGCUAAUCAGUUUAAUCCGGAUUAUAUGGCAGGCAUGGCUUCCAAUCUGUCAGGAACGUUUGGUGGUGCCAAUGUGCCACAGGGAAUGUAUCCUUCAGCUCCUGGGGGCUAUCUCCCUGCAGCUCCAGGGGGCUUUGGACAACCGCCACAGGGACAGCAGCCAUCUUAUGGAAUGUACCCACCAGCUCCAGGAGGAAACCCACCAACAGGGAUGCCAUCUUAUCCAUCGUACCCAGGGGGUCCAAUGCCUCCCGCAGCCCAGCAGCCUCAGCCAGUGCCGUAUCCUGGACAACAGCCCAUGCCAAGUUAUUCAUCUGGUCCAGCUGUUAAUCCUUCGAUGCCAUCCUACUCAGGCCCUACCAUGCCCACCAUCACCCCUGGAGUAUCUGGAAGCAGAGGCACAGUCCGUGAUGCUCCAUCAUUUGAUCCCCUGAGGGAUGCAGAAGUGUUGAGGAAAGCCAUGAAAGGGUUUGGAACCGAUGAGCAGGCCAUCAUUGACUGCCUAGGAAGCCGUUCCAACAAGCAACGACAGCAGAUUAAGCUCUCAUUCAAAACAGCUUAUGGGAAGGAUUUAAUCAAGGACCUGAAAUCAGAGCUCUCUGGAAACUUUGAGAGGACAAUCUUGGCAAUGAUGAAAACUCCUGUCCUGUUUGAUGUUUAUGAAAUAAAAGAUGCUAUCAAGGGUGCUGGCACAGAUGAAGCCUGCUUGAUAGAGAUCCUGGCAUCUCGCAGUAACAGCCACAUUCAGGAAAUCAGCCGAGCAUACAAAACAGAACACAAGAAAACUCUGGAAGAAGCCAUUAGAAGUGACACAUCUGGACAUUUCCAGAGACUUCUGAUCUCUCUCUCUCAGGGGAACAGAGAUGAAAGUACCAACGUGAACAUGUCGCUUGUCCAGAGCGAUGUUCAGGCGCUCUAUGCAGCAGGAGAAAGCCGACUUGGGACGGACGAAUCCAAGUUCAACGCAAUCUUGUGCACAAGAAGCCGAGCUCACCUGAGAGCAGUUUUCAAUGAAUACCAGCGAAUGUGUAGCCGGGAUAUUGAGAAGAGCAUAUGCAGAGAAAUGUCUGGUGAUCUUGAAUCUGGGAUGCUGGCAGUAGUUAAGUGCAUGAAAAACACACCAGCUUUCUUUGCAGAGAGGCUGCACAAGGCCAUGAAGGGAGCAGGAACCAAGGACCAGACUCUCAUACGCAUCAUGGUCUCACGCAGUGAAGUUGAUUUGCUGGAUAUACGGCAGGAAUACAAAAGAAUGUAUGGCAAAUCGCUCUACACAGACAUCACGAGUGACACUUCAGGGGACUACCGGAAGACCCUGCUCAAGCUGUGCGGCGGGAAUGACUAAGUGGAACAUCUGGAAUUUUAGUGUGUUUGUUUCAAAGUCUCAGCCGGCUUUAUGUUAUCCUUUCACAAAGCUGUCAAAACAGUUCCUUUGCUGGAUCGGAAUGAGAUGCCAUUUCUUAAUACAUCCGGUCCUCUAAAGGUAUAUAAUAAAUACAGGAAAAAAAUAUAUAUAUAUAGAAAAGGCUGCUGUAGUGGAUAGUGAGAGAUUAUUUGUUGCAUUCUUAGAGAAAUUCUUUCUAUGCAAAUGGUGCAUUUGAGAAAUGUCCCCUUUAGAAGGAUUCUAUAUGAUUUUGUGUGCAAUUUUUUCAUCUAUCUGUAUGAACUUUUUUUUUGUUUGCUUGUGACCUGCAUGGAGAUUGUUUUUUUUUUAAUCUGAAUCAAAAGUGCCUGCUCUGAAAUGUGAUGGGGUUGAUUUUUAAGGUUUUUUUAUUUCAUUACUUUCCUAGGGGAAAAAAAUGCAUCUGGCUGAUGGCAUGGGAAAAAUUAAUCCUGUAUUCAUUGGAAUGUGGGAUUUUCCUAAUCCAAUUAACUCCCCUUUACUUUAAAAGAGAGAAGGGAAUUUGGCCAGGGGCAAGCUCAGGGCCAGGCUUGAUGUAUAAUAAUUGUAUCAUUUGGAGAAUUCUUGGAGUGUGCCAAUGGGUGCUUUUAUUUCUGAUAUUAAUAUCCGUAUUGGACAUCAUUUUUAUUGGGACAAUGAAAGGGGAAGAAGAGUUAAAUCUCUUCCUGCAUGCUGUGAAAAUUCCCCUGUCUUCCAUCCUGCUGAUCAGUUUUUCAAAAGAAAUAUCAACAGCAUGUUAAGUCUUUGGGAAGUCUUCCAGCCCAAUAAUCCAUUCACUCAUUUCCUGCCCGACUGAGCACUUGCUCUGGAACGCAGGUUAGUUCUGAAACCUUAGUGUUCAGACAACUCUGUUUGCAGGGGUGAACUGAGUGUCUGCAUUUAAGAUGGGCUGGAGCAUUCCCUGCUUUUCACAGAAAUAGAUCCCCAAAAAUACAUCCCUUGAUUUUAGGGCUCAGCCCUAUUCAGUUGCCUAUUUCUUUCCUUACGGACUAAACUGUUGCUUAUAUUGUGCUAGAAUUCAUUGCCUGCUUUCGACAGGAGUCCAUGCCAGACCUUUCUCUAUCAGUGAGUUUACGCCUUUAAAAUAAAAUACAUGUAAUCAUUUUUUUUUAAAAAAAGCAUAUUUGUUUAAAUAAAACUAUCUUCUCAGUUUC